CCGCCGCGCGGCCCUGCCCACGGGCUCCGGGUGUCCGCGGGGCGGCGCCGCGGAACAUGACGGCGCCCUGGGCGGCCCUCGCCCUCCUCUGGGGAUCGCUGUGCGCGGGUUCCGGGCGCGGGGAGGCCGAGACUCGGGAGUGCAUUUACUACAACGCCAACUGGGAGCUGGAGCGCACCAACCAGAGUGGCCUGGAACGCUGCGAGGGUGAGCAAGACAAGCGGCUGCACUGCUACGCCUCCUGGCGCAACAGCUCUGGCACCAUCGAGCUGGUCAAGAAGGGCUGCUGGCUGGACGACUUCAACUGCUACGACAGGCAGGAGUGCGUGGCCACCGAGGAGAACCCCCAGGUGUACUUCUGCUGCUGUGAAGGCAACUUUUGCAACGAGCGCUUCACCCACUUGCCGGAGGCUGGGGGCCCGGAAGUCACGUACGAGCCACCCCCGACAGCCCCCACCCUGCUCACGGUGCUGGCCUACUCGCUGCUGCCCAUCGGGGGCCUCUCCCUCAUCGUCCUGCUGGCCUUCUGGAUGUACCGGCAUCGCAAGCCUCCCUACGGCCAUGUGGACAUCCACGAGGACCCUGGACCUCCUCCUCCGUCCCCUCUGGUGGGCCUGAAGCCUCUGCAACUGCUGGAGAUUAAGGCUCGGGGGCGCUUUGGCUGUGUCUGGAAGGCACAGCUCAUGAAUGACUUUGUGGCUGUCAAGAUCUUCCCACUCCAGGACAAGCAGUCGUGGCAGAGUGAGCGGGAGAUCUUCAGCACGCCUGGCAUGAAGCAUGAGAACCUGCUGCAGUUCAUUGCUGCUGAGAAGCGAGGCUCCAACCUUGAGGUGGAGCUCUGGCUCAUCACGGCCUUCCAUGACAAGGGCUCCCUCACGGAUUACCUCAAGGGGAACAUCAUCACGUGGAAUGAACUGUGUCAUGUGGCAGAGACAAUGUCAAGAGGCCUCUCAUACCUUCAUGAGGACGUGCCGUGGUGCCGUGGUGAGGGCCACAAGCCGUCUAUUGCCCACAGGUACCUAGGGACUUCAAAAGCAAGAAUGUAUUGCUCAAGAGUGACCUCACAGCCGUGCUGGCUGACUUUGGUCUGGCUGUUCGGUUUGAGCCAGGGAAACCUCCGGGGGACACUCACGGGCAGGUGGGCACACGGCGGUACAUGGCUCCUGAGGUGCUUGAGGGAGCCAUCAACUUCCAGAGAGAUGCCUUCCUGCGCAUUGAUAUGUACGCCAUGGGGCUGGUGCUGUGGGAGCUUGUGUCCCGCUGCAAGGCUGCAGAUGGACCCGUGGAUGAGUACAUGCUGCCGUUUGAGGAAGAGAUUGGCCAGCACCCAUCACUGGAGGAGCUGCAAGAGGUGGUUGUGCACAAGAAGAUGCGGCCUACCAUUAAGGAUCACUGGCUGAAGCACCCGGGCCUGGCCCAGCUCUGCGUGACCAUCGAGGAGUGCUGGGACCAUGAUGCCGAGGCUCGUCUGUCUGCAGGCUGCGUGGAGGAGCGGGUGGCCCUGAUCAGGAGGUCGGUCAACGGCACUACCUCGGACUGUCUUGUCUCCCUGGUGACCUCCGUCACCAAUGUGGACCUGCCCCCUAAGGAGUCGAGCAUCUAAGCCCAGGACACGAGUGGAUCUGAAGAGGAAAGAAAAAAAAGUUGUGUUUUGUUUUGGAAAUCCCAUAACACCAACAAACACAUAAAAUGCAGCUGCUAUUUUACCUUGACUUUUUAUUAUUAUUAUAAUUAUUAUAAUUAUUAUUAUUAAUAUUAUUUUUUGGAUUGGAUCAGUUUUUACCAGCACAUUGCUCUACUGUAUCGCAAACAGCGGACACGUCAGCAGGCGUUGAGGUGCUGAGCUGUGAAUGCAGAACCAGCGCCAUGCUGAAGAGCCUCAGCCACCUCCUGUCCUUUGGGGUUCAUUUUUCCCGCUUUCUCUUUAUUUGUUGUCUCAGAAUCUGUGACACAAAGAAACCCAUCUCCUGUCUUAGGAAACUUAAUGCUGCAAACUCUACCUAGAGGAACCUUUGAAGACUGUUACAUAAGAACACACCUUCCUCAGAGGAGGAGUCCCCCCAGCCCUUGUCCCCCCACUCCCCCUUAUUGUUUUUCUCCCUUUUUAGACAGUGAGUUUCAGAAACAGCAGAUGUGUCUUUCACGGAUUAACGGGUGUUGUCCUGACUGAGGAAAAACGGGGAUGAGAAGGAGGAUGGUUUGGACCGGAGUUGGAAGGGGAGGGCAGAGCUGGGGAUGGGAUUUGGAGCAGAGCUACACUGGACUUGGGCAUAUUCGGAGCAACAUCCCUUGCUAAGAUGCUACUUCUCAGGUAACCAGGAAUCGUGGGGAAGGACUGUGUGGGGGGCCGAGCAUUAACAGCAAGAGCGGGGUUUGGAGAAAGUCUGAAAGCAGGUGUGGCUCUGACCCGUCUGUUGGCCCUGACCAGUUUUUUCCCAUUGACUUGGGCUUGGGCGUUGGACGAAACAUUUUCUCUGCCCUAAUUUUAAGGUUAGGUAAGGGUAGAAAUCAUCAUGGCUUAGUGACCAUAUUCUUCAUAAGACAAUGCUGUAAUUAUCUGUAGUGGAGGAAGAAGUUAUAACACACUGCUUCCUCCCAGAGCAGUUCAGGGAAAUGCCCACGGGCGCCCUGCACAGCCAGGUUAAGAGGGUUCCCUGGGCAGGGCUGCCACGCCUGCUGCUCUGAAGACCUGAGGGUCCUGCAGUGCAAGCUUUGCCUUGUGUGGUGACAUUGCUGCCCCUUUCUGUGGCUCGUGCACAUGGCUUUCUCCAGACCCCUCAAAGAGGUGCAUAUUCAAAAACCGUUUCUCUAUUAUGCCAUAACCUUGCUCUAGUCAGUGAAUGUUCCUAAUGCUGCUGUUUCAACAUUUGAAUUUUUUUAAUUUAUGAGACAUGCAAAUUUUUUAAAAAAACGAAACAUACAUCCACAUAGACACACAUGCUUUGCAAUGUGGCUUCCGAGGUUUAAAUUUUGAAAAGUUAAAAGAAUUAAAACUUCACGACCACAGACCACCUCAAACCAGAAAUACCUCAAUUUUCUACUUGUGUAAGUUUUAUUAUAUAUUUUAUUAGUUGUGUUGUCUCGUAGUAAGUAUAUUUUAAUGUAAGUUGGCUUUUAUGACAAGAAAGUUUAAAAGAAAUAGAGAAAAAGAAAAAAAAGUUUGAGUCUUCUAGGGAGUGCUACCAUUUUUGUUUGAUAACGCCCCCUUGUAAAUAAUUGUCAUCAACUGUAGAUUGGCUUUCUGGGCCGUCUGGGCAUUCAUCAUUCUUGUUUAUGAAGGCUUUUCCCUCUGGGUUUCUUGAGACUUUUAUUUAAAAACUGGAUCUCUUUCAUCUUGAGGGUAGGUGAGGCAGUGAGCGAUGGGGAGAGGUUGACCUGGGUGAGAACGGGACAGGAGUGCCUCCUCUUGACUUACAUGGAGGUUUAGAUCUUUCCCUCAACUGGAUUGGUUAGUGUUCAGAAUGACAGGUAACCCCACUGUAACUUGGCCAGAUGGUGGCCCUUAGACGUGCUGGAGGUAAAUUUCCUUAAGCAGCAGCGAUGGCGGAGGAGGCCGGUAGUGUCUCCAUGAGUCCACACUGUGACUCUGGGCAGUCUUUGAGAGAGUGGAGAGUUCUCACGGCACCCUGGCAUCACAGUAUGAGGGUGCCUGCUCCCCACUGGGCACACUGUGUGCGUCUGGGGCUUGCCCCUUGGCUGCGUCCCUUUACUGCAUGUCUGGGCACAGGGUACUGUGAGAGGUGAGUAGUGUCCCUCUCAGAGCUCAGUUUUUGUUUCAAAGGUCAAGCUGUGAGCUGGCCAAGGUGGUUACAGGGACAAGAUUUUGUUGGGUAAGCUGUGUUGUCUUUUUUUUCCUUUUUUUUUUUUUAAAUUAUUUUGUGCUGUGGUAUUUUUCUUCCCUCGGAAUAAUUUUUAACAGCAAAACAGGCCUUACAGCAGUUGCUUUUCUUUUCCACUUAUUUCUUUAAAAAGCUUUAAAAUAUUUAUUGAAAAGUGCCAUAUCUAAUUUCUUUAGCUUUCACCUCAGGCAGUGCAUCUCUACUUUUCUAGCAUCUGCUUUUCAACCUCGGCAACAAAUAAACCACUAACAGAUGUAGCUGAUUCACCACAGGAAUGAUCAGAUCCCUCAUCCUGCCCAUCGUGGAACACUAAACCCCUGCCUCUCCAUUUGGUUUUAGAUUUCCUCUGGAUGAUUUUUUUGUCUGGCUUGAUUCUUGUGAGAACAAGUUUUUGGCCUGGCUGUGGAGGGUUGAGCUGUGGCAUUGGUGUGGGACCUGCUUGUCCAGAUGCAGUACAGAUGGGGCUGGCCUUCCUAUUGGCCUACAGGCCUUUUAUCUGGAUGGGCUCCCUCUUUGCCGACCUUGUGCUCAGCUGCUCUGGUAGCUUUUGGGUCUUGGCACCAGAAUGAAGUGUCUGGAGAUGGUUCCUGUGUGGGCUGGCCCAGUGAGGGGAGUCUGAGGAGCGCCAGUCCUUUGGGCUUCAGGCUGCCUCUCCCUUGUGCUGUGGUAUAAAAUGCACCCAUUGGGCAAUAUCCCUGCCUGCUGCUGAUGGCAGAAGAAGGUGGGUGAUCUUUUUCCAGGGUAUGCCCCUGGGAGCCUGGGAUGGGUCUUUUGCACCAGACCCUUUUGUCUGUGUGCUGUCAUGUAUUCUUUGGGGAGCAGCAAACCAUUUAGAGAACUGGUUUGUGUUUAUUGGGUUGUAGGGCCUCUGUCUGUGCUCUUUUCCACAAAGAUUUCAUGUUGUGUCCACCUCUGGGGAGCUCAGAAAACUAGCUUCCCCCCUCCCCCUCCAGCUCUUGUAGCAGCCUGGUAGAGGUUGAACAUCAUUUUGCCUGUUACUGGGAGAGGCUGCCCCAUCUAGGCAUCUAGGUUGGGAGAGUGGUCAAGCCAGAGGAGAGAGGUGGCCAAGGAUCCUUGCUCCUUCGUUUCUAGUGUUCUAUCCACACAGGCUCCUGGCUGUGGGGUGGGCUUUGGGAGAGAAUGUGUUCUGUUUGGAAAUACCCGUGAUCACUGGGAAGAUACACUGAGCCAGAGAAAUACAGGAAUGAUCAAGAGAAGGAGGAGGUAAGUGGGGAACAGAGGCCAUGGUUUAACAGUGUCCUGCAAAGAACUCUUGAUGACGGUCCAGAGGAGGCCUUGGACGUAGUCCUUAGGGGCUGGCAUCAGCCAGGUUUUCUCCUGGGACCACUGGUCCCUCCCAGGAGUCCUUUGAGUGAGGUACUCAGGGUGAGGGCUAUAGGUGGAGCAUCCUUAGGAGGAAGGAAGAUGUGGCUGUGAAGGGAAAUGGUGAGCAUCAUCGGCCUGUCAUCAGCUGUCACUCUUCAACAUGGUCUGCUUGUCCUUCGUUGUUCAACAUGGCUCUGUAGGUGUAAGUGCCCAAAGGGAUUAGUGAUGCCUGGGGAGGAGUUCCCCAUGUGUGCCAGCUGCUUCUGACCCAGAAUUCUUCCCGUCUGGACUUGGGCAUGUGUGCAGGACAAGAGAGAUUUUGUUUAGCUUUGAACAUCUUCAAGUGGCUUGAGCCCCCUACUCCCAUAUUCUGAGCCCAGUUAAGAAUCUCUCCAGUCUUCUUGUCAUGGCUGGUCAUGCAUGCCUUGCUUUAAAAAGCAAAGCAAAGCAGGUGAUCAGCACUUUCCCGCUCUGUCACCUUUUUCUCCAGCUGCCAUGUUCUUGAGCUCCCUGCUACCCUGACACCCUGCACGGAAUACUUGAACUGUGUGUGUGGUGUUUCUUUGGUGGCAAGCCUGGCUGCCUUUGUGUGUGUAUGUGUGCUGUGUGGGGCUCAGGCCUGUUAUGUGGCCCCUAUGCUCUGAGCCAUAAGGGUAGAGAGGCAGACUGGGUGGCCCUCUUAAAAGUGGAAUUUUGCCUUUUAUAGGAUGCAGUGUAAAGUUCUCAGCACAUACUGGUAAUACAAGGAUUUGGUGGUUUUUAGCAAUAUAGUAAGCAUACGUAUGUAAGUUUUUAGAAUUGGUACUAUAAGUGGAACGGCCAAGAGUUAUUCCUGAGAACUUGGCUUACUAGAUCAGUAUCUGAAUUGCAAAUAAUUUCCUAUAGCUAACUCAGUUUGAUUGUUAGUCCCAGCUAUCUCAGUAGCCUUUUGGGUUCUUAAUGGUUCAUCUUUGGAGAGAUAGCCAGGCCUGGUUCACGUUUUGGGGGCUCCCUAGACCACACCUUUCCAAGAAGCACAGUGAAUUUACUCCUCUAUCCACCCUACCCCCUACUCCCCCCUACCCCCCCAUCCAGGGUGAGCAGCCAGAAAGGAAAGAGGGCAAGGUGGCCUUUUCUCUUCAUUUGGGUGCCAUGAAUUCCUUGGUUAGGGGCUGUUUAUAAAAGCUGAACUAAUAAAAUAGUCAGUAGCUAAUAAGUGUUCAACCUAGUAAUGACGAGUUUAAAUCUUGAUCAACAGUAAUGUUUUAGGUAAAGAAACAGGCCUAGUAAUUCAGUUGAUGAACUGUUUAUCUUCUCAGUCUAGAUUUAAUGAAUUCAGGAUUAUAUGCAUAGUUGUUUAAGUAAGAUUCCUGGUAGAUGAUUUGUAACCAGCAAUCCACCUAUGAAUGUAUCCCAAACCUUUAGAAGGCUUGGAAAAGUUUUUUAAGAUAAUGACUUAGUUUUGUAGCAAAAAGAAAUUGAAGUUUAAAAUGCCUCCUUGGAAAUUAAUUCAGCUGACUCAGCUACAUUUUAAAAACAGUGGGUCCAAGAGACCCAUGAACUCAUCAAAUAAAAGUCCAAAUUCUCUAGAGGGAUAUUUUGAGUAUUUCUAUUUUAUACUCAUUUGGGGGCCAUUGUAAACUUUGGUUUGAACAGGAUUUUGAAUUUAGAUAAUUUACCACUAUUUAAAUUGUACCAAGCUUUUACAUUUUUGUGACCAUAUCUUCCAGGUGUGAAUGAAGGAGGAUGUUUUGAUUGUGGUACUCCACGUAUCCCUGUAGUGCCAAAACCAGUGAUACUUUAUUUGCUCCUAUGGCAGCUUGUAGAGAUAAUACAAGUGGUUUUUCCUCAUGAAUUAAAAUGCAUAGUCUCUAAAUGCCAGUAUGUGGUGAUGGGCCCUGUGCUGCCCUUCCUCUCUGGGAGUAUCUUUGAACUGUCUGGGGCCUACACAAUUCUGAGAGCCACUGCACACCAACCACAGGACCCCAGAGAAGUAUACGCUUGGGCACAUGUGUAUGCAGUUGAUUAUUCAAACGCAGGCUCUCUGGACAUCCGUGGGAAAGUGUUACAUUUAUUUGCAAAGUUUACAUUUUUGAGCUCACAGUUAUGAAAAGUAUGACCCAUUAUUAGCUAAUGCUUUUUAGGCAGGUGAGGAUGGGUGUUUUGUAUUUUGCUUUGUUUUGUUUUGACAAAUGGAUGAGUUCUGUCUUGAGUCCUGGGAAUUUCUGCUAUUGGUUGGGCACAGGAUCAUUCUGUUUUUCCCAAUCACGUUUGCAUUGGAAUGUUGUUAGGUAGCAUUGUAAAUAAAAGAAUAGGUUAUAUAAUAGAGAUAUGACACUUGAAAUUUUACUUUAAAAAAAUCUAUAGCUCUACAUAUAUAUUUAGUUAUAUCACCUGACAGAUUCUUCUGCACAGUGUGGAGAUUGUUUUAUACCACAGAUUAUUUUUAUAAAGUCUAGUGAGUUUGAAUGGGAAUGAUUUUGUAAUCAGACUAAUGAGCUUUACCUUUCAGGAUAAAUGUACACUGGAGUGUGAGUGGUGUGGAGCUUUUACCUAGUGUUCAUAUGGAUUCUCACGAUACACUGGCAGAUGGGAGGCCAUUUAUGGGUCUUGUUUGGCCAAAACUCCACUUGAAGCUGUGAGGGACAGUGAUGCUUCUGCUCAGCUCCCUGCAGAUUGGGUGGCAAGGGGCUGAGGAGAGGCAAGAAGAGCCUGCGGUGUGUUUUACAUUUGUGCUUCCUCCUGAGAUUUCUUCUGAACAAAGCGUUCUGAAGUUAGAAAUGAGUUUGUGAAUUCCUAUUACAGGAUGUAGUCAUAUGAGGGUGUUUUGAGGAACAGAAAUCAUAUGGGAGUGUAGAUUGGAGCAGGUUGGGAUGAUUAAGAUUCAGGCUAUAAACAGUUAUAAUGAGAGUUUGGUGAUUUGAGGAAUCCACAAAACUGAAUUAUCUAGGACCAAAUUUUCCAGUUUUCAGGACAGAAUUUCCAGUUGACUAAUUAUUCAGAAUAGGAGGGUGGUGUGUGGACACAGCAAUCAACUUAAAUGGUGAGCUGCCAGGCACAUUGUGUCUUUUCUGGUUGGGGCCUCUUGGACACACGAGUGCUUGGGGCAGCUCCCUGCUUUCAUCUAUUGCAUCCAACCAGGAGUGCUCUGAGGAAGUUCAGAGCCCCAUACCAGAGGGCAUCUUCCAGCUGUCACAUAGCCCUUCCUGCUCUUCCUAAAAAGGUCAGCAUGACUACCACGAUAUGGGAGGUGGUCUUCAUGUUAUUAGCCUUUUUAUUUUGGGGUAGAGAGUAGAUGGCUAUUUGGGUGAGCCUUUUGGAUGGUGCGAUACAGGGAAGGUGAACGAUGAAGCUGAUUCUUUGUAUCGUCACUGCCAGUCCUGAGGCCCAGCUGAAGGCCUGUCCCCCGGCCCUGGGCUGCUGCACUCAGAACUAUACUGGUUGGGACAGUUUUGUCAGGAGAAUCCCUGAUGUGUCAUUUUAAACGAGCUGUGGUUUUUCUUCAGUUUGGUUCAGAGUGAAGUUUUACACUUGACCCCUUUUGUACUUUGGAUAAAUAUAGUUUCAGCAGGUCCAGUAGCACUCGAGGAACUAGCCUGUCAUUCCUUUCCCUGCUCCCUGUGAAAGAACAUUUCUCUGCUUUCCAGCCACGUGUCUUGGAAUGUAAUUUUGUUGUGCCUUUGUUUUUGUCACCUGCCUUCCCCCAAAAGCAACUGCUGUAAGCUUUUUUCUACUUGUCUUUUCUAGCCCAAAACCCUACCUUUUUCCUUUUUCCCAGCUGUAAUUUCUGGAUGCAGUUACAUGCUCCAGGUAUUUGAAGAACCAGUUACCUCAGACCUCAUGUUGAACAGUGUCACCAUCUGGGUCCUCUCGAUACUGCAGGCUUGUAACAUACACAUGCAGGAACCCUGCCAAGUACGGGCACUUAUUUGUUUUAAAGUUAAACUCUUCCCAAGGACUGAAAAGGGGGCUUCUGGCAAGCUCUUCACUGCACUGUGGUGGGAUAGGUCUAGAGUGUCAUCUGAACGGUGCUUCCUGGGUUCCUCUCUGAAUUCUGCCAUUUUCAGUAUUCUCGAGUCUGAAUAGGCAAAGUGAUUCAAUUGGCUGGUCUUGCACACAAAUCAGUUCCAAAGAUGAGCUCUUUGUAACACAUUUCCAGUCACUACAACUCAAAUGUGUAGAACAUUCCUUUAAAUGGCAGGAUUAAAAAACCCACCAUCCACCACUGUGCAUUUUGGGAAGAUGUCUGUAGCAUAUGUUGCUGUGAAAUUAGGCCUUGCGGGAUACGGCUGUUUGUCAUUUUGAUGUAUUUUAAAUAAAUAUAUAUAUAUAUAUAUAUUUUUAAAGAGCCUUUUUUACCAGUUCAAAAAGUUUAAUUAACCAGCAGUCACCACAUCUGAAUUUUUGUCUCUGGGGCAUAGAUGGCAGACCAAGAUAAAAAGUGGUAACUCAGCCAUAAGAGCGUGGGAUGCCUGCCUGGGCUGUCCUGCUGACCAUGGGAUGCCAAGGUCAGUAUGUUCCCAGUGGGUUCUGAUCAGCCCUCAGAGUGUUUGGUCUCUGCCCUGAUCAGUGGACUGUUGACUUCAGUCCCUGCAAGUGCUUUAGCCCAAGUGGGGUUUUCUCAGAGCACUGCCACAAGCUAAGUGUAUGUUUAGCCAAAUAAUUUCUCCAUUAAGGGAAAAAUGCGCUCAUUCAAAUGUUACCAGCAGUGACAGAGAUGAGAGUAGGAAAGAUUAGGCAACAUCGGGGUUUUGAUUUGGAAAGUGUCCAGGUCACUGUCAAAGGCCGUCUGAGAGCCAGUGAUCACAAAGAUAUUCUUAGGAGACCUCAUCUGGAAGUGUUAAGACCUCCUGUGAGUGGAGGGAUUGCUAAAAUGCCAGCAGCUUUUUCCCCCCAUUUUUUUUCUAGAAUUCUGUAAAAAUGCAAAGAAAAUUGGGUGGUACUUAAGAAUUGAGGGUGAGGGUUACCGCAGAAUAGAAGCAUACUUCUAGAUUUCAGUUCCAUACCACAAAUCCACACAAUGCCAUUUUUCAACUGUACAAAAGAAUCUGCUUAUGAAUUUGACAUGAUCUUAGUGGUAGCGUCAAAGGGCCGAAUUUUUCACCUGUUAAUAUUUUUCCACAUUUGUCCUUGAAUCUGAGUAACUUUACAGUACUGUAAAUUUAACUUACAUUGAGUUUGAUGUCAAUUCUUGUGAAAAGAGCUUCUGCAUGUAACAGAUACACAGUUAAAGAACACAGCAGAAUACAAAUUUUGCAGGAUGAAUUUUGGAACCAACAGAAAAUGUCACCUCUCAUUUGCCAUCUUUAUGUAUCAGUUUUACGAGCUACUUCUAAAUUUGUACAUUAUGUGUAAGGAAAAGAAGGAAAACCCUAAGACUCGUCUAACUUAGUGGAGAAUAUGUAUGUCGGGUUUAGGAUGGAUAGUGAAGUCUUACUGAGCUGUGUUAUCUAACUUGUAUAUAACAAUUGUAAUUAAAAGUCUGGAUUCACCUGUUUCUUGCGGUUUAAAACAAUGAGUAAUUACAAACUCUGGAAAUGUGACUAGUAUAUGACUUUAAGGCUGUAGAAGUGAGGAAGCUCUUCAAGUGCUAAAAAUAAAGACUUUUAGUUUUUGGCUCAAAUUCAGUAAGUACUGUUUGUAUACCAGGAUAUGUGAGAUGUAAAUGUAAUAGGUCACUUUUCACCCUUGUAGCUAUAAAAUAAAAAUUUUGUAGAACAGAAAUAGCUUGUACUACUGAAUUAACAAAAGUUAUACUAAAGUAUCAUGUUAAAAAAUAUAUAUAUAUACACACACAUACACACACACACAGAGUUAAUCUUGUUGCUGUUACCCUGUCUGGAUUUGAAGAGUGUGCUGAUAUAUAUAUAAAUAUAUAUAUCACACACAUACAUAUAUAUUAUAUACACGCACACAUCUAAAAUGGCCUAAAGCAGACAUCCAUGUAAUUACAGUUGCAAAAUGAAGACAUUUUGGAAAGAACAUUGUAUCAUAGUUCAUUCAUUUGCAGUGGAUCUUUGUUCCUUUUUACUGUGGUAAUUUUAGAAAUGAGUGUCAAGUUUGAAAUUAGAUCUGCUAAGUUGGGGUUUUGCUGCUUGAACUCUGCACUGGGUCCUCAAAUAAACCGAUGUGAAUGUAGUUUUUCCCCCUGUGUGAAGAAGCAGCCACACCCCAACAGAAUAGGAGGAAAAAUCUAGAGCUAUUUCAAGUUUUAUCUUUUUGUAUAUGAAAAUAAAAUAAUAAUAAUAAAAC